AUGCGUUUGCCAAAAUUCAAAUUCGAUUCCAUCUUGACAACAGCAAUGUAUCGGUGGCUCGAAUCGGGCUAUGCUCGUAUACCUUUAAAGAACCGGGAGCUUGACUUUCCCGAGUCUUCGACUGAUGAGGAGGCCCAGGGGCCCCUUCGGAAGGCACAUUUUCUCCUCGGCGCUGUGUGUUCACUAGCCUUAAUAGUAAUCAUUUUUGAGCUGCUCAUGAUUAUUGAUCUACACAAGUCCUCCUCGCACUUCAAAAAUAUGCGACAAGGCUAUGCUCAGAUGGUGGAGCGUCGAUACGGAGCGAGCCCGACCUACCAAUCUCUAGACCAUAAAUUUGAUGGUCUCUGGAAUGAGACCGAGACGUCUUCAAUCAUCUUGUCUUCUAGGGGAAUGUCUGACGGAAAAGAAGAUAUUGGAGCAAUAAGCAUGUUCCAUCAACUUCAUUGCUUAACCGCGAUUCGCAAGGCUCUGCAAGACUCUCGAGAUGGCAAAGAUAUUGGAAUCGACUCACAACAUGAUGACCAUUGGCCACAUUGUCUAGACUACUUACGAAAUACCAUUUUGUGCUACGGAGAUGACACUAUUGAGCGAGGAGUUAGCCCUGAUGGUACGAGCCGCAAAGUCAUUUCAGGGUUCGACGACUUGAGAUCAUGCCGCAAUAUCGGAGAGAUUUAUUCUUUUAGAGAGCGAAACCACUGUACAUUUUGCUGA